CUCAAAGAUGUUUUCUCAGGUGGUGACAGUUUUAUGUGGCCUCCUGUCCCUCCACGUGUGUCACCCGCCACCCCCGAUGUGUUCACUGGCUGGUUUGGGCUGCCUGCAUCCCGUGUCGGGUGGGUUUUGAGGGAGAUGUCGGAGGGAGCAGAGCCUCCCUCCCCUAUCCCACACUCCCUCCCCCCAAGCUGUGCAGUUUUUCCAGCUGCCUGCACUUAGGAUCUUCAGGAAGCGCUUGGCGCUGGCCGAGAAGGAUCAUGUGAUGGUAACGUCCACGUCCCCCUUCAUCCUCUGUCCUGGGCCUGCCAGGCGCCCAGAGAGGAUGGAGCUGCCGGCUCUCACUCUGCUGCUGGCAGCGGCACUCCUGCACACACAGGGCUCCCCACCAGCACGUUCCUUCGAGCUGGAUUAUGAGAACUGCUUCCGCAAGGAUGGAGCCCCUUUCCGAUACAUCUCAGGCAGCAUCCACUAUGCCCGCGUCCCGCGCCCUGGCUGGAGGAACCGGCUCCUCAAGAUGUACAUGAGCGGGCUCAGCGCCGUGCAGGUCUAUGUUCCCUGGAACUACCAUGAGCCAUUGCCAGGGGUUUAUGACUUUUCUGGGGAUCGAGAUGUGGAAGCCUUCCUGGACCUGACAGCUGAGCUGGGGCUUCUGGUGAUCCUGCGCCCGGGGCCCUACAUCUGUGCGGAGUGGGAGAUGGGUGGCCUGCCUGCCUGGUUGCUGUGGAAACCAGACAUUGUCCUGCGCUCCUCUGACCCUGCCUACCUGGCAGCUGUGGACUCCUGGCUCCAUAUCCUGCUCCCCAAGAUCAAGCCACGCCUAUACCAGUAUGGGGGAAACAUCAUUAGUGUGCAGGUGGAGAAUGAAUAUGGGAGCUACUAUGCCUGCGACUAUGAGUACCUGAGGUACCUGCUGGGCUCCUUUCGGGCACUGCUGGGGAGCGAGGUGCUGCUCUUCACCACUGACAGUGCACAGGCAGCGGAGCUGCGCUGUGGCACACUGCCGGGGCUUUAUGCCACUGUCGACUUUGGGCCAGGCUCCAACAUGACGGAAGCGUUUGGUGCCCAGCGCUGGGUCGAGCCAAAGGGGCCUCUGGUGAACUCUGAGUACUACACGGGUUGGCUGGACUACUGGGGGGAGGCGCACGCCAGCACCAGCUCAGCACGAGUGGCCCAGGGGCUGGAGGACAUGCUGCAGCUGGGAGCCAGCAUCAACAUGUACAUGUUCCACGGAGGGACAAACUUCGCCUACUGGAAUGGUGCAGACUUCAAGGACCAGUACAAACCAGUGACCACCAGCUAUGACUAUGAUGCUCCCCUUUCAGAAGCAGGAGACCCCACUGAGAAGCUGUUUGCCAUUCGCACGGUCAUCAGCAAGUUCCAGCCCCUGCCAGUUGGUCCGAUGCCACCUGCCACCCCCAAGUACGCCUAUGGCUGGGUGGCCCUGCGGAAGUAUGCCGACCUCCUGGAUGUCUUGGACGUGCUCUGCCCCUCUGGGCCCAUCCAGAGCCAGUUUCCCCUUACCUUUGAGGCCAUAAAGCAGGCCCAUGGCUUUGUGUUGUACCACACGCAGCUGCCCCGGGACCUCCUGGACCCAGCCACGCUGGGUGCUUCUCCCCACAGCAUCUGCGACCGUGGCUACGUGAUGCUGCAGAAGGAGUACCAGGGAACACUGGAACGGGAAGGGCAGACAACGCUGCGUGUGAUGGGCAGGGAAGGGGAUGCCCUGGACGUGCUCCUGGAGAACAUGGGCAGGAUCAGCUUUGGGGCCAACGUCAGUGACUUCAAGGGCUUGCUGGGGAACCUCUCUUUGGACUCCAGCCCUCUCAGGAACUGGUUGAUCUACUCCCUGGACAUAGACAGUGCUGUCCAGCAGGGCUGGCCUCAUGCUGCCCUGCCAAAACCAAGCAGCAGGGGCAGAGCAGGGCCAGCCUUCUACAGUGGGACAUUUGAGACCCCUGGCAUCACCUGCGACACCUUUGUGAAGUUCCCAGGUUGGGGAAAGGGCCAGCUCUGGAUAAACGGCUUCAACCUGGGCCGGUACUGGCCCCACCGUGGACCCCAGCAGACCCUCUUUGUGCCUGGCUCAGUGCUGUACGCUGGCCGCCCCAACAACAUCACAGUGCUGGAGCUGGAGGGGGCACCUCCUACCCCCUCCUUGCUCUUCCUUGACCAACCCCUUUUCAAUAGGACCCUCAGCCACAGUACUGUGGCCCCAAAAUAAACACAGAGCUGCCAGGCAUCAGCAUUGCCUCU